AGUCCUUCUUCAUAGUAGAAUCGCCGCUCCGCUUCCCGUUGUGGAUGUUUUGGUUGGAAUCGCGUCCGCUCCAGUUAUUUCUGCCAUUUUGAGAGAAUACAGUCGGCGCUGGAUUAUGCUUCUAAAAUCAUGAGAUUAAGUCUUUGGUUAUUUUGGUUGAGAAGAACACUGUGACAGACACACAAGCUGAGCAAAGCAAUGUGCUCCAUGAAUCAUCCGACCAGCUGGGUUACAUUUGAAGAUGAAGGGACGCCCUUCUCUUCACCCCAAAAAUCACUGUGCUCGUCUACAUCAACCUCAGGUUCAAUACCUCGGCCAAAUGGUUUGAAACUUGUUCUGCCACCUUUGGGGAAUGAAUCAUGGAGAUUUAGCACUUUCCUUGAAUCUCCUUCAGUGGAUUUUAGCCAUAACGGAAGCUCAUGUGUGCCCAGCAACACUCCCAUGAGCACACCAGUAAGGGCAACUCCAGCAGGUCAGUCUCCCUUUCAUUGUGGACCUCACGAGCAGCCAAACUACUUCUCGAGCUCUUUGAACAGCUUCUCUCCAGAACUUCAGAGAGACUCCAUGAAAAUGACUGAAGGCUCCAGGUCUCUCGACAUAUCCCAACAUGAGCCGGGCCAUUUGAACCCCUUCUGGGGUGAAGCAGAGCAAAAACGAGUGUCUUGGAGCUCAUCGUCAGACUCUGACUCUGGUCCCAGUUUGCCUCGUUUUUUUAUCCGUACAAAAGAUGGUAACGAGCCAUCCUGUGACAACCUUCAAUACUCCUACUCCUAUAUCUGCCACAAACUAGAACAUCUAAGAACAAAGGAGGGUCAACCGCAGGGUAAUGAUGGGAAAGUAAAGAGAGAGAAUCAACCUUCUGGCUUAGGGAUUGUGAAAGAUAAAGAUAUAAGAAGAACUCCAUCCUUUGUUCCACAUGGAUUGUUCCUCAGCCAGAGAAGACACGGUUGGUCCUUGAUGCUUCGAAUACCAGAGAAGAAGAACCGGAUGUCCUCCCGCCAGUGGGGGCCGAUAUACCUACAGCUGUUACCCGGAGCGCUGCUGCAGUUGUUUUAUGAAAAGGGCUUGGAGAAACCUUUCAAAGAGUUUCAGCUGCAUGCUAACUGCUGUCUCUCAGGUCCAAAACUAGAGAGCUAUGGCGAACCACGUAAGAUCGCCACGUUGAAGGUAGAGCAUGUGUCAUAUGUUGAGAGGAAGCGUUAUCACCCCAAACCCGAAGUGAUACAUGAACCAGAGGUGGAGCAACUCUUGAAGUUCGGCACCACAGAAUAUGGAGACAUGGAGGACCUGCUAGUGUCCAUUCAGGAAGAGCUAAUGCAGAUACCAGUUCUACGGCAACAACACAAACACUACGAAGAGCAGGAGCUAACUCUGCAGAUAUCUGACCACAUCUGGAUGCAACAGGAUAAGGGUGGAGCUGUUCUUCAGUCUGUGGCCAUCACUCAAAUUCACUGUCUAGCUUUCUUAAACGGUGCAAUGGAGUGCUUCUUGGCACUGAAUGAUCUUGGACUUCUCAGACAAGCUCCUGGGUAUGGCUCUGAGGAGGACGAUGAGAUCUGGAUGGAGAUCACAGAACACCAUUUCCAUAGGUGUGUCAGAGAAUCUGAGUUUCUAGACAAGCGCCUGAUAAAGUUCUGCCCUCCUGAUGCUUGUCGAGUGGAGCUCAUGCGCUACAGCACUGCGUCCCUCCAUUGCAGAGAAUCGCCACUGUCCAUUAAAGCUAUGGUAACUGUGCAGGGUGCCUGCGUCGAGCUGCAGGUCUUCCUCAACCUCAUGUUGAAUUUCCCAUCUCCUGGAGGUACUUCAGAGAUGUUCUGUGAAAACAUCGUUCUUCGAGUGCCUUUUCCAGGGGAUUGGGUGAAAGUGCCGACCAGCACAUCACUGCUGCGACAGAAAUCUCUCAAGGCUCGCAUGAACCGAAAUGCAUGCUUGGGUUCAGCGCUCAUGUCAGAGUCCCACUCUGUGAUGCAGGUGUCUGUCGGCACAGUCAAAUAUGAAAAUGUGUAUCGAGCCAUUGUGUGGAGAAUUGACCGACUUCCUCCGAAGAAUGUGGCGGUGGAGCAGCCUCAGUCAUUUGCAUGUAAACUGGAGCUGGCGUCAGAUCAGGAGAUUCCUGCUGAUUGGUUCCCAUUUGUCACCGUUGAGUGUGAGGUGGCAGAUGUGGUAGCGUCUCACACACGGGUGAAAUCAUUGGGAACCGAAUGUGACAUUCAGCCACAGAAGCACAUGAGCAGCCGGGCGUACUAUCACUGCCAGCCGAAGCUGUAUUUGUCUAUCAUCGACGAUGUUAUUGAGAGUAUUAGAGAGCUAUUUUAUGAUGAAGGAGUGGAUGAGCGAGUUCUGGAUCACCUGAAACAGCUCUGGGAGUCAAAGGUCAUUGAAUCUAAAGCCGUGGAGGGUUUCAUCAAAGACCGCAAUCCAUCUAAUUUUGUUCUGCAGCUUCCGACAAACUUCAGUCAAACUCUUCAUAAACCCACCGUUGUCAUUCCUGCGGCUCACAAUAUCACUUCUAAAACUAACAACUGUGGAUCUGUGGCCACGUUUUCUCUUCCACCUGGAAUCACAUAUCCAGUUCAAAUUCCCGCUGGUGUCACGCUACAGACGGCCUCAGGACAUUUCUAUAAGGUCAACGUUCCCGUGAUGGUGACGCGAGGAGCUCAGCCCAUCCUGACUCGACCCGAGCAGAACUCCAACCCGCCUCCUCACCCCACCACUGUCACUCACGGUCUCCUCGGCCGGCUGUCUGACACGUGUCGCCCGCAGCCGUCUGUCUGUCCGGUGCCUGAGAAUCUGAAGCCUCCUCCACACAUGCUCGGUGGACUCUUCCAUCAGCCCGACAAACACACCUCUCACCCCAAUGCUGAUGGACCGCCCCCCUCACCCGCAGACAGUCAGAGUGAGUUUACCCUCGAUGGCAUUGAGUUCAGCCCCCAGCUCGACACAGUGUCACCCGUCACCCCGCACGCACAGGGCCCGCGGUCAGAGUUGGCUGCCAGUUGUGCUCCGGACAUGCUGGAAACGCCUUUAAAUGAGCAGGAGCGAGCCGCAGCGUCAGGUGUUGAUGAAUGGACACCUCUGUCACACCUGCACACUAAAACUAAAAGUGACAUUAAGAACGACCUGAACUUCAGUGAGCUGGUAGAGCUCUCGCAGCUGGACGGGAUCGCUGACAGUAGCUCGGACACUGAAGAUGAUGAUGAAGACGAAGAUGAAGAUCUGGGGCUGGUUGGAGAGAAUGAGUUCCUGGGAAUGAUCAGUGCCAAUGAGGAGGAGGAGGAAGAGGAUCCACUGAACUCUGGGGAUGAUGUGAGCGACCAGGACAUCCCAGAGAUCUUUGACACAGAGAAUGUCAUUGUUUGCCAGUAUGACAAGAUUCACCGCAGCAAAAAUCGAUGGAAAUUCUACUUGAAAGAUGGAGUCAUGUGUUAUGGAGGGAAAGACUAUGUUUUCUCCAAGGCUGUUGGGGAGGCCGAGUGGUGAGAGAGAAAUACUGUAGCAUUUGACAAAUAAAAUGAUUUCCAGUAAGAAAAAAUUGUUUUUCCCAAAUUACAAGAGAACAAAAUUUGAAUGUUCUUUUUUUGUGACUAAUUAUUUAAAGCCGUUAUAAUAUUGUUUAGUUUUU